AUGUCUGAUAACAUUCCUCCUACCUUAUAUGUCGUUCGUACUGAUGAUGAGAGUAAUUGUUUUAUUCUUAAACUAGCUGAGAAUAAUUACUGGCUAAUCGAUAGUGCACCCGCUCGCUUUCGAUGUUAUCAAUAUUUUAAAUUUGCUAUUUUAAAACGUAAAAUAACAAAUUUUAAAGGGAUUACUAUUACAAAUCCGCGUAAGGAACAUUUAGAGGGCAUGACUAGGUUUUUCAAGGAAUAUAUUUUAUCUAAAAGUAUUCAUGCUAAAGAAUUUCCAAACCUUGACUUUUAUGUUGUUCUUACUGAAAAGUUCAGAAAUGAAGAGAUUAUCGAUAUUCUAAAAGACAUUGGAUUUGAACUCGAUAAUAAUGUACCAAAGAAAUUCGAGUAUUCUAAUAUAACUAUGGAAUACUUUUUCCAUAAAAAUGGGAAGCCAUUAAUUUUGAGACAUAAAAAAAGCGAUAAACAUGACAUGAAUGCAGUAGGCAAUAACGAUAAUGUGACACUGAUGAGAAAUAAAGCAAAAGUUCAAACAGAUUUGUCAAGUAUACUGACAUAUUUACAAUAUGAAAACAACGAAAUUAAAAAAUCGAUGUUACUCACGAGUGACAAUGUCGUUACAUGGAUACAAAAAAUUUUGGCUACAAAGUUAAAUAUAUAUCAGCAAGCAAAACUAAAUAAACGGCCAUUUAUUGAUAUUUUUCAAGUACCCAACCAUGGAGCAAGAUUCAAUUCAAUGAUUGCAGGACCUAAUGUUAAUCCACCCAAAUAUGUGAAUCAACAAUUUGCUUUAAUGGCAAUUUUAUAUUAUGGCGGUCAAUUUGAUUUUAAAGAUCUUAAUAAUAAAACAAAUAUUGAUAUUGAAGCCGAUUUCGAAAUCAUACUAAACUUUACUAAUUUUGAAACAUUUAAGAAAGCGGCCCUGUUACAGGAAUAUACUCAAUCUCAUUCUAAUCCAAAUGCAAUUAAACGUUUUUUAAAAGCGAUGGCAAAAGCAUUAAUUAUUCAGGGAUCUUCAAAAAAAACCAAUAAUGUCAAUUGGGAUUGGGAUGAAAUCAAUUGGCCAGAAGUUGCAAGAAAAUUAUAUAUUAUUUAUUGUAUGAAUCAAACUACCGAUUCACAUUGUUGGCCAAAGUAUGACUUUAUUAAAGACAUAAUUGAUAUCCCUGAUAAAGAUAAUAUUGAUCCGUAUUUUAAUCAUCCAUAUUUUGAUAAAACAACAAGAAAAAAAAUUAUUGAGAAACAACUUUAUUCGUAUUUUAAUAGUAUAAAAGAGAGAAUAUACGAAAAUUUUGAUAUCAUUAUUUCAAUAAAAAAUAAAAAGAAGAAAAGAAAUCGCCGUCCACAAUAUGCGACUCAUUUGCGACCAUUACUCAUUCCUAUGUGGAAUAGCCUUGAUACUUCUCCUUUAAUGUUUCGAAAUAUUGUAUUUUCUAUCUCAAAUUUUUACGAAUCAUUUAUAACGGGAACCUAUAUAAUCUCAUCGGGUGCACAGAAAGGCCAUCCAGAUCCAUUAGUAAUUAUUGGAAUUAUUAAGUCAAUUUUGGAGGAUUUAAAUGAAGAGAGAAGUGCAAGGAUUUUGUUGACAAGUGGAUCGAAAAUUAAUAUGAAUUUAAUAUCAUCAGCCGUUGAUAGCUUGUUGGGGUAUAAAGAAAAGAAAUCAUGUUAUAUAGAUAAAUUUUUAAACCGGCGCAUUAAAAUUUAUUCAAUUCGAGAUAGUUCUUGUGAAGUUGGUGUUAAGCUGUCUGACAGUGAAUUCGAAGAUCCAAAAAGUGUAAGACUUUUGAAAUGGAAUAAUUCUGAGAAAGCUGAAAUCAAAAAAAUUUCCGAUACUUUUAAAACUAUUCCGGAACAACCAAUAAACAAAAUCUCUAAAUCGUAUAUAAAGAUUUUAAUCAAUGACAAAAAACUUUGGCUCGGUGUAAACGAAAAAGGCGAUUUGAUUCCUUCCGAUAAGCCAAUUUUAUUUACGAUUUCAAACGUACCAUUUUUGGACCAAAUUGCGUAUCGAAUAUCUAGCUGCGACUUCAAUUUUAUUGUUAAAUUUGAAUGGGCAAUUAAGGAUGAAUAUAAUAAAUUUUAUCUAGUCGAUUUAAAUACUGAUCAAGAUCUUUAUUAUGCACUUGAAUACGAUGUUGAUGAUGAUUUCUAUUUAGUAGAUAAAAGUACAAUCGAUGACUUUGAAGAAUCAACACCUUUACCACAUUUCAGGAAGAUACCUCUUAAGGAGAAAGAGAAUGCACUAUUAUUUAAUUUUUCAAAGAGUUUACGUGAUAAUUUUACAAAUCAAUCAACAAAAAAAAGAAAAAGUGGAAAAACGUUGAGCAGUUACUUGAUGGAGCUUGGUGAGCAUAGUGCACUUUCGGGUUUGACAAUUUUGAACGCUCUUAAUUAUAUAAUAAGAGCUAGUAAUGUCAAAAAAGUAUUCAAAUCGCUUCCAGAUAAAUGCUUACUUUUUAAAGCCAAAUCAGACUCUGAAGUCGAAUGGGAAAUUACUGAGAAUAAUCUAUUUAAAAUAAAAAAUGCCAUCAUUAGAUUAGAUGAAUCAGAACUUCUAAAAUUUCACACUUCAUUUCCUUUUUACAAACAUGCAACAGCUAUGCAAGUAAAUAUUAAAAAUCCGCAGCUUGAUAAUUUGCAAAUAGAAAUUAAGAUAUUCUUGAAUAAUAACGGGUCAAAAAGUGAAUCUGUGUUGACGCCUGAGAUAUUUGAUAUAUCUCAAUCAAAAUCUGUUUAUGAUUAUCUGCUAAAUGCAAAUGUUCCUCAAAAAAAAUGGAAAGACCUUCGACUUAGUUAUCUAAGCUCAUUAAUAAUGCCAUCAUUAAUUUUAGUGCCGGAAUUUUUAAAAGUACCUUUACCUUUCUUAUCGGGUACCUCUUUACUAAAUCAAAAAAUCAAUAAAGAAAUUUCAGAUAUCAAUUUCGAAAUCGGCCCUACUGGUGCUAGAUUAAUUCGAACAGAAGUCUUUUUGGAUAUAUUAACAAUUGAAGAUAUAUUUCAACUUGAUGGCAUCCAAAUUUCACAAUUGACUGAUAUUAAAAUUACGACUAUUAACUCGGAUGCUGUUAAUGGUGAUCCAAAUAUAACCAUUGAAGCUUGUGCAAAUAUCAAAGAUAAUGCUGUAAAGAUAUUAACUCAAAAUGAAGAUGAACAAUUUUUAUUAGUCAAAUUUAACACUAAUAAACUCGUUAAUAUUGCAGAAGCUUUAAAUGUUGGUGAAAAUGUAUUCAAUAAAUUUAAGGUUCCCUUAUAUGAUGUGUCCUUGGAUAAAUUUCUAAAUAAAGUUAAUCCAGAAUUUAGCUUAUUAUUCCAUCCAGUAACUGAGCCUCCAACAAUGAAUUUUAAGCUUAAAAAUAUUAGUAUCUUUGUGAACAAUUUCCUUACAGUGGAGAAAUUUGUACCUCCUCAGAUUUGUCGACAUUUAAAACUAACGAAUGCAUCCAUUGAUAUAUCUAUAUAUGAUCCAUUGAAUAUAGACCAAUUAGAUAUAGAAAAUAUAAUGAUUGGUUUAAAUAUCAAACUUAAUCUUUUAACCACGGACAAUAAAAAUCUUCUUGCAAACCUCUCAUAUCUUACAGUUAAGCAAGCCAUGUCGAUUUCUAUCAGACCUCAGGAUUUAUAUGAUGACAAUAAUCCAUUAAACUUGAAAGAAUUGUUAAAGGCCAUUGAGUUGUAUGACACCUUUGAAAAAAUUAGUAAAUUCUCGUUAGUAUUAUGGCAUCAUGUAAAAGACUUAGAGUCCGUAGGUUUUCAAUAUCUUGACUUGCAAAUUAAAUUGAAUGAGCAAGGAACUACUUAUGAAAUUGGCGACUUCAAUCUUGGAAUUUUAAUUCCGAGAUUUAUAAUUAAAAAGGACGUUAUUGAAGUUAGAAACGCAAUAGUAGAUCUAGGGUAUAAUAGCGACCAAUGGUCUGGAAAAAUUCAAGGUGUGGGUGAAAUAAUCGGAAAAGAUAGAAAGAAUAAUUGUCAUAUCGAAUACAUGUUGCCUACAAAAGAGCAGUUGGGAAAUCUAUUAAUUAAUGACAUUACUGAAGAUCUUUCUUUAAAAGAAGCCCUUCAAAUUCUUCAACUUGAAAAUACUUCAAUAUUACCUGCCCUUGAAAAAUUUUUUGAACACAUGAAAAUUUCAGAGAUUAAUAUCAAUUUAGUUAAUUCAGAUCGGUCUGAUUUUAUUAUUAACGAUUUGUCAUUUAUUCUACAAAAAGAUAAACAUGUGCUAAAACCUUUAACUAUUAAGCAAUUGGAAGUAAAUCUUACCUAUUUUCCACCAAAAAAUAAUACAGAUUCUGCCAUAUGGAAAUUCAGUUUCGAAGGAAGUGUUAGUACAAUGAUUAUGACAUUAAACUAUAAUAAUGAAAAAAUUCAUGCCGCCUUAACUCCAGUUAAAAAUACAAGACUUAAAGACGUCAUAGAAUUGCUCGUAAAAACGCCAGAGUUUUCUGAUAAUUCUAUGUAUUAUGAGAUAUUUGAUUCAGAAAUCACAGACGUCAAAAUAACCAUUGAUAUUAGUGGUGAUAACAUGCAUAUCGAAAAAUUUUCAACCAAAUUAGUAAAAAUAUUAUCGUAUGGCGAAUUCACUCUUGACGAUCUAUUAUUUAAAUGUGAAAAUGUGAAUAUGGAUAAACAUGAUAAUAAUCAAAUAAUUCUACCUCACAAAAAGUACACAUUGGACGCUAUUAUUUCUCGUAAUAUAGCUAAUGACAAAGUUAGUGCAAAGAUAAAACUUGAUUGCUCUGAAAAUAUAGUGGAUGCCUCUAUUACUUCAUUUCAAAGUCAUUUUUUAUUAUUAGACAUAUUAAAAAUUUUAAUAGGAUAUGAAUCUAAUUUACCAAAUUUGUUACCAAAGCUGCCUAAUUUUCCAAAUUUUGAUAAUAUUGAAUCUGAUCAAAAAUUUUCGGUAAAAAUUUUGAUAAAACCAUUCAAAAUAAUGGGAUUCAAUAUUUCUGCACAAAGUGAAUCUUUUUAUGAAGUCCUGAAAAAACCUUCAAUAUAUUUGCAACCACUUGGAAUAUCAAUAAGUUACAUGUAUGAUUGUGAUAGUCAAAAAGAAAAUCUUGAAGGGAGAUUAUAUGGAAUAUUCAUUUUAAAUGAUGGUAGCAAGCUCAAAUUAGAAUUUGCGAGCUCAAUGACUAAAGAUAGUGAUAUAGUUAUUGCAGGUAUACAAGUUUUUGAAGGUGAAAGUUCUAUCCAUAUAUCAACUGUUGUAGAUACGCUGUUAGAUGAUAAUUAUGAAUGGCCGGGGAAAACUCCUAAAGAAAUGAGAUCACCCAAAUUCACCAUAACACCUGAAGUGAAAGCUUACCUUCAUAUUAACCUCGUCAAGAAAUCUGUAGCUUUAUACGCAACAAUCGAAUCAAUUGGUAAUUGUUUGCUUUUGGUUAAAAAUAUGAAUGAAAAACCUUCAACAGGUGUAGUAAUGGAAUCACACUCAAUUGCCAAUGAAUUUGGAUAUUUAUUUGCCUUAAGGACUUCUAAUAAUUUUCAAUUUGAAGAUUUAUUUAAUUUAUCGGACGUUGUGUAUAACAUUGACACAAUGUUGUCCUUAUUGCAAGGUAAUCUUAUUCUUGUAUCGUUUCAAGGUGCCCAAUUUGAGAAGGCUAAAAAGGAAUUAAAUGAUAUAAUUAAAGAAUUCAAUGAUGUCUUAAACCCAGAUAAACAAAUUAAAUUUGAAGAUAUUCUUUCAAUUAAAUUGCCAGAUCACGAUAUUUAUAAAAACGAGAAAUUAGUAAAAGGAGCAAAUUUAUACGUAAAUUUAAAUUACCACUCAAUUUUAUUAAAAAAUCUUCGAACAAUAUCAAAUUUAGAUUCUAGUUCACAAAAAAUAUUGGUUGCGUUAUCUUUAGGUGUUGGCGCGUUGUCAGAAAGUGAAUUUAAAGCAACAAUUGAAGAUUUAACACUUUAUGGUGGAUUAAGUUUCGAGUCAACCUCAUUUUACUACAAACCUAAAAUAAAAGAAUCUGAAUCUAGAUUAAUUGUUGCUGGAAAUUUGAAUUUUACUGAACUACUUAAAACAAAAUUUAUUGUUAAAGGAAUUUUAGAUAACGGUGAAAAAGUUUCAUCAUUCACAGCGGACUCAAAGUUUUUAGAAUCACAAUCUAUUAAAAAUCCAUUUGAAAAAAUGAUCGGAAUAUGUCUUUACGGAAUUGAAUUUACCAUGAAACUUAUACGUGAAAAUAAUAAAAAAAAUCCUAGUAGUACGUGUUUAUUAAAAGGCAAAGUUGAUUUUAAUUCAGAAAAUCAGAAUAUGAAGACGAUUUUAGAAGGAAACGUUCUAUUUGUAGAUGGGAAACCUCGUAUUUGCACUGUAACUAUUAAUAAAAAAAUUCAAUUUAUACAUUUACUUGCAACAAUAUUUUUUGAGAAAAGUCAAGAUGAAAAACCUAACUGGAAUCAAGAAUAUCCUGAUAUUAUUUUAAAUGAUGGAGAGAUAUAUUAUACAUUUAUACCUCCAAAACACAAAGAAGAUAAAAUAGAAAUCGACGGAAAAGUUUAUUAUAAAGGUUAUAAUAUUAGUGCACAUAUAGAUUUCUUCGGAAUGAACAAUCUUUUAAUCACCGCUCAAAUUAAUAAUGGAAUUAUAAUCAAAGCUGAUAGCGGGAAUUCAGAAAUUAAUUUGGGAUUUGUUAAAAUUAUUAAAUAUAAUUUGAUAAUAGAAUCAAAUUCAAAGAGUAAAAGCAUUAGUAUUGAUGGUAGUCUCAAACUAUUUGAUAUGAACCCCGCUCAAUUCCAUCUAGAUUAUAAAAAGAAAUCAAAAUGCCUUGAAGGAAAAAUUGAAAUAAAAGGAUCUUUGCUUGGAGUAGAUGAUCCAGCAAUCGAAGGAUAUUGGUCUAAAAAGAAAAAAUUUGUUAUUACUAAAUGGCCGAGCUUUUGUCAAUUGUUUUGGGAGGCUACAGAAUUUGCAAGAAUAAUUGAAGAGGCUUCAGUUAAUUUAUGUAAAGCUAUUAUUUCCGAUCUUAAUUUGAAAGAAAAGUUUGAAGGUCAUUUCAAUAUUGAUUUAGAACAGCUUGAAACUCAUAGUGAUGCUUUAGUGUCUUUUUUAAUUACAGGGAGUUACUUAAUAAGAAUAAAAGGUGGAAAAGAAGAGUUAACAGAAAUUACAAAAAUUGAUAUUCUUCCAAUUCAAUUAGAUAUAAAAUAUCCUAGUGAUAUAUCAAAGUAUUUUGAAGAAGAACUACCAAAAAAUGCUGUAAAAUUCUUACAAAAUUUAUUGAAUGAUCCUGAAAAAUUUGUAAAAUUUUUAGGAGGUUUGUCAAUUGCUACUUUGAUUAACUUGAGCGAACCUGCAUUAAAGGGAUUGGUAUGUUUUGCUGGGAAUGAAAUAUUUAAAUUAGCAAAAGUUACAUUUGAUGCGAUGAAGAAAAGUGCAAAUAACAUUUUAAGGAAUAGACAACCUAAAAGUAAACCUUCAGAAGAGAUGAUUAAAGCAGUUGAAAAGGCAAUAACAUUAAGUGAUGCAGUAGUUUUGGCUAGUCCACUGCUUUUAAUAACAGGAGAGUGGGUUGUGUUUUUUGCUUUUGCAAUCACCUUGAUAACAGUUGACUUAAAAAUUCUCUAUGGUGAUCAAUCCGAAGAAGAAAGAAAAAUUAGAAAGGAAAAAAAUGAAAUGAAACUAAUUGAUAAAAGAAUAAAAGGUGUGCUAGAAAGAUUUUUAAAAAUGGACAAUUUAACCCCAGGGCUGGAAUUUUGUUUGGAUAAUUCUUUAAAGAUCAAAUGGAACGUUCCUGAAGAUGCAGAAAACGAUAAGUUAGCUGGAGAAAUUUGUUAUAAAUUGCAGAUUACUAUUUUUGGAAAGGAACUGGUAGAAAGGAAUUUUAUUGUUAUUGUUGGGAAAGAAGAAAUCGAAAUGGAUAAAUUGGAUCAUAAAAGAUUAUCAUAUGUGUUUAUAGAUAAUUUAUUAAUGAAAUGUGAAAAAGUUUCAGUCAAAAUAACAGCAAUUCUUCGACAAGGUAAUCAAAACUACACAGGUUCGCAAUCUAAAGAAGCUGAAAUCGAGCAUAAACCCAAAUUGUAUCCUCCAACAAAGUUAACGUCUACAUAUGAUUCACGCCACAAAAUUCUUACCACUAAAAUAGUUUCAGAAGACAAAGAUACUCAACAAUACUAUUGCGAAUUAUUCAAUGUCAGUGCUAAUAAAGGUGAUAGUUUUGAAUAUAAAGAGGUAGUUUAUUCUGAAGUAAUUGACAUAAACACUUUAGAUUUAGAAAAUACUUUAUGGAAAAUUUAUACAGAAGAAAGAUUAAUACUCGGUCUUGGUGGCAAUUACAAAAUCCGCGUUUCAGCAAAGGCAAUUAAUUGGAUAGAGAGUGAAUUUACAUAUGCUAAUGAAGUAAUAGCACGACUGUCUCCUCCUAUAUCAAUAGGAUUUAAGCAUACCUAUGACAUUUAUGAAUAUCUUGAAAUAAUAAUAAAAGAUACAAUAGAUCAGAAACAAUUACGUGGCUAUACAUGCGAUGUUAUAAAUGAUAAAGACGAAUCUAAUUUGAUGAAUUCGAGUUAUACAUUAUCUAGUAAAUCAUUUAAAUUUUUACCUCAUGUAAAUAAUAUCAAUGGAUCAUAUAAUAUAGAUAAUAACAUAUUGAAAAUUUCAUGGGAUCUAGUUGAAAAUGCUUCAUUAUAUGAAGUAUUUUUACUAGCUCAUGGUCAACGUUUGAAGCUUGACAGAAUCUCAGAAACUUUUAUUGAAUAUGAUAUACAGCAAUUUGACAAACAAAUAACAAAGAAGCAAAUAAGCAAUUCCGACUGCCAAAUUACUAUAUAUAAUUGCACAAUUCAGGCGAAAAAAGGUAAAGAAUUUUUUGAUGGACCAGUAACUCGCAUUGAUAAAGGCUUUGAACAACUUCCAAGACCUACAAAUGUUGACAUGGAAAAAAAUUCAAAUAAACUUCAUAUUUCCUAUACACCAAUUACGCUUUCAGAUAG